GCUUCUGACAUAUUUUCUUUUCAAAAAUCAAUAUCCUUGGCUACUGUGAUAUUAGAAAAUAAUGUAGAAAGUAAAGAAAUUAUAAAAAAUUCGAUCAACCUAAUUUGGAAAGCAACUGAAGGAAAAGUUGUCACUGUUACUUUCAAUAGCCAGUUACGCUUAGCAACCAUCUCCUUAGAUAACACUACUCUAAUUUGGAAGCACCAAGAGCGAUCCUUAUUAAAGAAGACAUUUUUAGCAAGAUAA